AUGAAUAUGAUUAAUUACUUAACAUAUUUCUUCUUCUUAGCAACAUUUAGUUUAGUUCAGUCUAGCGAUCCUUGUGUCAGCUUCAAUGGACAAAGGGUUGUUGGAAAGAAACUUUCUGUGACUGCUAUCAGAAUUAUCAGAAAAGUGGGCUUACAACUCUGUUUAAAACAUUGCCAACAACAACAUUCGUGCUUGUCUGUCAAUUACAAUCGAGAAACUCUGGAGUGUGAAUUGCUUAAUGUUGGAGGAAAUUCUUCAAUACCGUUUGUGGACUAUGAUAACUAUAUUUUUGAGGAAGUAACAGCAGAUGAUAAAAACAGAACUUUGUGUGGAAAAACACCGUGUAAUAGUUAUUCAACCUGUAUUUCUACGUCGUCAUCAAAGAACUUCUGUAUUGCUACAGAAUGUUCAGAAUCUGUUCCUUUCCUGGAAAAUGGAAUCAUUGUAAGUCAAACCUAUUCUCCUCCUUCUGUAACGUAUGGCUGUCAAGAGAACUACAUUGCAGUAGGUCAAGGGAACACAACACAAUGCACACCAGGAGGAAAAUGGACACCCCUAUCUUUGAUCUGUGAAGAUCUGGGUAUAUAA